CACGAUAUUUCUAGCAGCCAUACAUUCCCUCGUCGACGCCUCCGAAACAUGCCGCACAAACACAAACGCAAAGCCGAGGCCGAUGCUGACGAGGUGUUCGACCUCCCACCCACCCAACGUGCCGCUCCCCUUCCCACAGGCAAAGGCCGUGCAGCCAAUCCUCGUCCCAAGAAACGCAGUAAAACGUCAAGUAAUAACAACAAUGACUAUGGCGCAGACGACACACCCAAGGCAUUUGCCAGAUUGAUGGCAUUCAAGACGCGGGGCAGGGGACCCAAAGGUUUAGAUGACGGAGAACCUCGAGGGAAGAAGAAAGCGCAGAAGAAGAACAACCGCGCGGAGGAGAAACAUAGUAAUAAUAACCGUGCGACGGCAGACAGCGAAUCGCAAGCAGUGCCACAACCCGCAAUACCGAAGAUUCUGCCCGGCGAGAAGCUGUCCGACUUCGCGCAGCGCGUCAAUGCCGCGUUACCAUUGACGGGAAUCCAGAAGAACAGGAAGAAAAUUGAGGGCUUGCCUGAUCACCGCAUAACGCGCCACGAGAAGAAACUCAAGAAGCUGCAAGAGGGAUGGCGAAAGGAGGAGGCGCGGCUGCGGGAGAAGGAGGCUGAGGAAAGGGAGUUGGCGGAGGAGGAACAAGAUGAAAUUGAGGCCAUGUGGGAGGAUAAGACUGCGGAUCUGCCUGCAGGUGGGAAGAAGAAAAAGAGAGGAAAGAAGGGGAAGAAGCUUGUUGCUGGAGAGGUGGAUAUCAAGGAGGAAGAUCCGUGGGAAGCGCUCAAGCGGAAUCGGGAGCAGAGGAAGGGGUUGCACGAUGUGGUGCAGGCGCCGCCAACAUUUGAUCGCGUGCCGAGGGAGAUCUUCAAGGUCAGGGACGGAGCCAGGGUGGAGGUGGGAAAUAUUCCUAAUAGCGUGGGGAGUUUGAGGAAGAGGGAGGAGCUAGCGGCGGAGAGGUUGACGCUGAUUGACACAUAUCGGAAGUUGAUGGCGGAGCGGAAGGGUCAAUGAGCGGAGCAAGGGGAACUGAUAUAUGUCUCCCAAAGGGGGGCAGAUGAUUGGAGUUAUAAUCGUAUGGUUUUAACAUCUUGCCCCAGAUUCCCAGAGGAAUGCGAUCCUCUUAUUGUCCUGCCUAUCCACAUAGUACUAUCACGACAGAUACCCGCCGCUAGAAAUACAUCUUACAGAAAUGAGAAGACACCCUACGUGAUUCACU